AUGCCUUAUAUAUAUCGGUGUUCAUUAAGUGAUACUCUAUCACUUAUUCAACUUCAGAAAUCACUGCAACAACUUGUCUACAAACAUCAAUCACUGCGUACAGCGCUCGUAUUUGACACAGAAAGCAAUAUUCUCAUGCAGCAAAUUAUUGAUAUGAACAAUAACAACCACAAAAAAUUGUUUACAUUUAUUGAAAGCACUUUUGAAACAAAUGAACAAUUGAACGAGAUUCUAUACAAUGAAAAUUAUAAUUCUCGACUUUUCAAUCUUUCUCAAGGUCAAGUUUUUCGCUGCCACAUUAUUUAUUAUAAACAAAUCUCUUCAAAUGAUUUCCUUUCUGACAAAGAUGUAAUCAUCUUUAAUUUUCAUAAUGUCGUAUUUGAUUUUCCAUCAAUGAGUAUAUUUCUUCAUGAUCUUAAUCAAGCAUAUGCAACUGGACACUUGCCGGAAAAUAAUAAUGAAACUAAUCUACGCUAUCUUGAUUAUACUGCUAUCGAAAAGCAAAUGCCAAUAGCAGCUGCAAAAAUGUUUUGGCUUGAUGCUCUGCAUGACAGUAAACUUGAUCAACCUUUACUUCUACCAUACGAUCGAUACCUCCUUUCAAAUGAAUGUCGAACUGGUCGUGGAAUAUCGAUAUCUUUUGAUUUUGGAAAAGAUCUUUCGCAUCAUUUUGUUGAUUAUGCUUCGUCAAAUGGUAUUACGCCUAUGAUCGUAUCACUUGCUACCUACUACACUUUUUUAUUGAAAUUGACUACUGGAGAAAGAGAUUUAUGUAUUGCAAUGAAUACCGAUGGUCGAUGGAAAGAAGAGUUGAAGUCAGUGAUUGGAUUGUUUAAGAAUAUUAUCCCAUUGCGAUGUAAACUGGACCCUCAUUGGUCUUUUCAUCAACUUAUAGAGCAUGUUCAAGAAACACUAACAAAUAGUUUAGAAUAUUCUUAUUUUCCACUUCAACAUAUUCUUCAACUACAUCCAAAUAUUUCAAAAUCUUCAUUUCUCGACAUAUUUUUCAAUUUUUCGGCUAAUGAAAAUGAUAAGAUGAUUGGAGAUACUCAACUUUGCCUUGUGCCAAUCUCAUACAAGACUAAUACAGAUGAAAUCAUGAUUAACUUCAACUUUGGUCUUGAUGUUCAUCAUGAUCUCAAUCUCGGUCAAUUUUCAUACACAAUUAAUGCGUCACUUGACUUAUUUGAUGUAGAAACAGUUGUUAAGAUUGUACAGCGUUUUCGUUCAAUGAUAGAACAAGUAUUUAAUGAAACAGAGGAUCGGACAGGAAACUCAAUCUUUGAAUCACCAUUAACAUUACCGGAUGAAAGAAUAUUAAAAGUAUCAAUUAAUAAUACGCAAAUGACAUUUUCUUCUGCCUCUUGUAUUCAUUUUGAAUUUGUAUAUCAAGUUACCAAAUAUCCACAAAAACUGGCUGUUGAACUCGAUGAUCAAUGUUUGACAUAUUGUGAACUAUUAUAUUAUGUUCAAGUAUUAUCAUUGACUCUUGUAAACGAAUAUAAUAUUGUUCCAGGUGACAUUAUUUGUCAAUGUGUGGAUCGAAGUUUAUCAAUGGCAAGUUAA